CUUGCAUGUCACUCCACACACGCUCAGCUCCUCUGUCCUGUAGUACAGGGCCCACUCUGCCCCCACAGUCUCUCUCUGUGUGUAAAAUCAGCCAUUCUGCUAGAAUGAGGAACCUGUCUGCUCUGCUGUUUGUGCUGCUGCUCUGUUCUCUCCAGCUGGUCUCUAGUGGUACUCAAGCUAGUAAAGCUGCUUUGAAAAUCUGCUGUCCUGCACUGACUCAGAUGAAGUUGCCCCUCAAACGCAUCGUGUCCUACAACUGGACCAGCAGCGAAUGCUCCAUCAAAGCUGUGGUCUUUAAUAUGAUUAGUGGAAAGACGAUCUGUGUGGAUCCUGCCUCUGACUGGGUCAAUGACCACGUGAAAGCAGUGGACCAGAGAACAAAAGGACCUGCUACUGGAAACUAAACAUCCUCCAAACACUGAAGCUGACCAGCUAAAGGCUGUGAAAGACAUGAGAUUACAUAUCACAUAUACAUGUGUACCUCUAACUGUCUGCCAUAAGGAGCCAUUUAUGCUAAAUAUGCUAAUACUGUAGCCUUUCUUUUUUCUAA